CGUCAAUUAGUCCAGAAGAAGAAGUUUCCCUUAGUUCAGUUUAUAUGACGUAGAGUUAAGCUUUAUUCCUGAACAGAUAUUACAUAUUUCGUGAAUUGUUUUUUUGUUUGUUUGUUUUGUUUUAGUUUUUUUGAGAGGUUAUGAGGAUUACAGAAAGUUUACCUACCUGACAGAGAAACAGAAUGGACUUUUUUUGUUCAGCAUCUUUUGCAUAGAAUGGCCUGGUUUCAUCAUACCUUGCAAGGAGAGAGCUUUCCACAGUCACCUUCCAUGAAGAGUGAUACAACAAAUAUCGAGUCACACCAGAUUUCAGCUACACAAGUAGCUUUAUCUGAGGCCCAAGGUUGUCCUCAGCAUCAAAAAAUGGGAGAACAGUUACAUAUCUCUUCCCUCAAUCAGAGUGAUGGUCCAUUGCCUCUGUCAUAUGUGACUCUCCAGGAACAGCACUGUGUGGUUAGCUGGUUCCUUGGCUGGGGUCCCCCUCAAAGAGAAUGUUUUCUUCAAGACCUGAUUUCAAAGGCAGUACCAGGAAAGAUUUGCAGCUUAUUGGAGCACCUUAAUAAACUUCAGGUAAAGGACUCUCCUCCGAACAUUUUUGAGUGUCAGUUGAGGCUGUGGACACAGUGGUUUGAUGCAUGGACUGAAGAGGAAAGGAAUGUCUUUUUGACCAGCCUGGAAGAAAAGGAUCCAGCCUUUGUUGCUCAGUUCUACAAAGGGCUAGCGAGUACUGCAGGAUGUAAUUGAUGGCUUUUGUAUAAAUAAGUAGGAUUUGUGCCCUGAAUCAUUCAUGCUAUUAUCAAUAACAUCACCUGCUUUUACAAAUCAGAUACAGAAUAAAAGUUAAUAUAUCAGCAGACAGGGUAAUCAUGCAAUGGAGACAACAGAAUGACAUUCUUUGAAAUUAAUCUCUUAAGGAAUUCUUACAGCAUUUUUUCAGAAUUGUUGCUGAUCUGUUGCUGUUUUCAUAUAUGAAAACAAAACUUUUAAUGGUUACAUGUCAAAUGUAUGAUCAGAAAAAUCUUAGCAUUGUUCAUUUCUGUUUAAUGACAAACUGAACUGUAAUUUACAUUUAAUGCUGAUUAGAUUCUUUUUUUUGUGAAAGUAAAUUGAUUAUUCUUUUCCUCUUUAUUUUUUUAAUUGCAUGAUACUAAAAUUGUUUUCAGUUGUGAGUUUAUCUGAAUAUCUAAUAACAUUUGUUCUCUUAUGAAGGUAAUAAAAUAAAUUAUAAACAAGUAAAAUUAUGUAAGGCUGAAGAAUUUACUGUUGCUGAAAAGUAGAUCAGUUGUAAUUUUUUAUGGCCAAGUACUACAAAGUUGUGACCAAUUGCUUGUAAAGUAUAUGGCCAAAAGUACGUAGAUAGUGUGUUGAAUUUGUUGAACCUUUUUUUACAAUUUAAAUUUUUUUUCUUUUACCUUUUUUUUACCUACGUGUUUCUUAGAAAAAAACUUUUUUUCAAGCUCAUUGUGUUUUAAGGUUUAAAGCAUGCUCUGUUAUUGCCGCUAUAAAUUUUGUUUUAGUGCAUA